AGAAAUGCGAACUUAGUCUGUUACACAACUCCUCGGAGCUUCAUUCCCUCCCCAGUGUCUGCUGCUGCCGCCGCUGCCGCUGCCGACGCCGCCAUUCCCGCUGCUGUAGCUGAUUCCUCGGCCUCACUCGCCUGCCGCCGCCUUUGCUCCGGGGCCUGAUCUCCUUACCCUAGGCCGGGGUCCGAGCGGUCUGUGCCUCCUCUCCCCCGCCCCCUUCUCACUCCUGCUGGUGCCGCGGCUACGUCCGACAUGAGCGGGGAUCAACUGCACAACGACUCCCAGAUCGAUGCGGAUUUCCGAGUGAAUGAUUCUCACAAACACAAAGAUAAACACAAAGAUCGAGAACACCGACACAAAGAGCACAAGAAGGACAAGGAAAAAGACCGGGAAAAGUCCAAGCACAGUAAUAGUGAGCACAAAGAUUCCUCAGAGAAGAAACACAGAGAAAAGGAGAAAACCAAACACAAAGAUGGCAGCUCAGAGAAACACAAAGACAAACACAAAGAUAGAGACAAGGAGAAACGAAAGGAAGAAAAGGGAAGACCAUCUGGAGAUGCAAAAAUAAAGAAGGAGAAAGAAAAUGGUUUCUCUAGUCCGCCUCGUAUUAAAGAUGAACCAGAUGAUGAUGGGUAUUUUGCUUCACCUAAAGAAGAUAUCAAACUUUUAAAGAGACCUCGAGAGGAUGAUGAUGCUGAUUACAAACCCAAGAAAAUAAAAACAGAAGACAUCAAGAAGGUGAAGAAGCGGAAACCAGAAGAAGAGGAGGACAACAAAGCAAAAAAAAUCAAGAACAAAGAUAAGAAACUUCCCGAACCAGAUAACAAGCGGAAGAAGCCGAAGAAAGAGGAGGAACAGAAGUGGAAAUGGUGGGAAGAAGAGCGCUAUCCUGAAGGCAUCAAGUGGAAAUUCCUGGAACAUAAAGGCCCUGUGUUUGCUCCACCUUACGAGCCUCUGCCAGAAAAUGUCAAGUUCUACUAUGAUGGUAAAGUCAUGAAGCUGAGUCCCAAAGCAGAAGAAGUGGCUACAUUCUUUGCAAAAAUGCUUGACCAUGAAUACACUACUAAGGAUAUCUUUAGGAAAAAUUUCUUCAAGGACUGGAGAAAGGAAAUGACAAACGAAGAGAAAAAUAAUAUCACCAGUCUUAGCAAGUGUGACUUCAACCAGAUAAGCCAGUAUUUCAAAGCCCAAUCAGAAGCAAGGAAGCAAAUGAGCAAGGAAGAGAAACUGAAAAUCAAAGAGGAAAAUGAAAGGCUAUUAAAAGAGUAUGGUUUCUGUGUGAUGGACAAUCACAGAGAGAGAAUUGCCAAUUUCAAGAUUGAGCCUCCAGGUCUUUUCCGGGGUCGUGGCAACCAUCCCAAGAUGGGAAUGUUGAAAAGGCGUAUUAUGCCUGAAGAUAUAAUUAUCAACUGUAGCAAAGAUGCCAAGGUUCCUCCACCUCCCCCUGGACAUAAAUGGAAAGAAGUUCGACAUGAUAACAAGGUUACCUGGCUGGUGUCCUGGACUGAGAAUAUCCAAGGAUCCAUCAAGUACAUUAUGCUGAACCCCAGUUCACGAAUCAAAGGUGAGAAAGAUUGGCAAAAGUACGAGACAGCUCGCAGAUUGAAGAAGUGUGUAGACAAGAUCCGGAACCAAUACCGAGAAGACUGGAAGUCCAAGGAAAUGAAAGUCCGACAGAGGGCUGUAGCAUUAUACUUCAUUGACAAGCUUGCUCUGAGAGCUGGUAAUGAGAAGGAAGAAGGAGAGACAGCUGAUACCGUGGGCUGCUGUUCUCUCCGAGUAGAGCACAUUAACUUACAUCCAGAGAUGGAUGGCCAAGAAUACGUGGUUGAGUUUGAUUUCCUAGGAAAGGAUUCCAUCCGAUACUACAACAAGGUUCCCGUUGAGAAGAGGGUUUUUAAGAACCUUCAGCUAUUUAUGGAGAAUAAGCAGCCUGAGGAUGAUCUUUUUGACAGACUAAAUACCAGUAUCCUCAAUAAACACCUCCAAGAUCUCAUGGAGGGCUUGACGGCCAAGGUCUUCCGUACAUACAAUGCCUCCAUCACGCUACAGCAGCAGCUAAAGGAGCUCACUGCCCCGGAUGAAAAUAUCCCAGCAAAGAUCCUUUCUUAUAACCGUGCCAACAGAGCUGUUGCAAUUCUGUGUAACCAUCAGAGGGCACCACCAAAGACUUUUGAGAAGUCCAUGCUGAAUCUACAGACUAAGAUUGAUGCCAAGAAGGACCAGCUAGCUGAUGCCCGGAGAGAUCUGAAAAGUGCCAAAGCCGAGGCCAAGGUCCGAAAGGAUGUCAAGUCUAAAAAGGUGGUAGAGACUAAGAAGAAGGCUGUGCAGAGGCUGGAGGAGCAGUUGAUGAAACUGGAGGUUCAAGCCACAGACAGAGAAGAGAACAAACAGAUUGCCUUGGGAACUUCCAAGCUCAACUAUUUAGAUCCAAGGAUCUCAGUUGCGUGGUGUAAGAAAUGGGGAAUCCCGAUUGAGAAGAUCUAUAACAAAACCCAGCGAGAGAAGUUUGCCUGGGCCAUUGACAUGGCCGAUAAAGACUAUGAAUUUUAGCUGUUUUUAUGGGGUGAGGUUUUAUGGGAAGGAGACGGGUUUAAGGAAAAUUAAAAAACUGUGAGCCUUACUUGCCCUUGUACUUGGGGGGGAGGGGGGAAGAGGGACAGCGAGUGGGCAAGGAAGCGUUAACAAGCCAACAUCUUUUGAGAAGAGAAAAACCUGGAAAUAUUCUAACAGAGAGCUGAGCCAGUUGUCCUAUGGACAACUUAUUUAAAAAUAUUUCAGAUAUCAAAAUUCUAGCUGUAUGAUUUUUUUUUCAUUUUUUGUUUUGUUUUGUUUUUUUUAAGAGGGCGAGUGGAUGGGAAUUUGUCAACCUUCCGCCAGACAAAUUCACUAUUUCACUGAAGAGUUUGGGUUCUUUAGCUACUGUAUACGAAGUCUGAUUAUAUUGGUGCGUUUUUACAGUUAGGGUUUUGCAAUAACUUCUAUAUUUUAAUAGAAAAUGAACUCUUAACCCCCCUGCCCCCACUCCCUGUUCCUCCUUUCCCAUUUCAGGAAUUUAAAAUUAAGUAAAACAGAAACCCAGCGCACCUGUUAGAGCUGUCACUAUCGUCAUGGGAAUCAAUUUUCAUUUAGCUUGAAGCAGUUGUGACAUCGGCAGUGUUUCAGUUCAGACAUCUGUUCACAGCAAAGCAUGAUGGGAAGAUGCUUCCUGACUUGAGUGUUCCUUUUUAAAUGUGAAUUUUUAUUUCUUUUAAUUAUUUUAAAAUAUUUAAACCUUUUUCUUGAUCUUAAAGAUCGUGUAGAUUGGGGUUGGGAGGGAUGAGGGAUGAGUGAGUUUGAGAAUAAUGAAAUAAUCAGUGACUGAAACCAUUUUCCCAUCAUUCUUUGUUCUGAGCAUGUUCUGUACACUUCUAAAAUACCCACCUCUCUUUUUUUUUUCUUUUUAAACCCCAAUGUUUUUACUUGAAAGAGUCUAUUGUGUAAAAAGUUCCACAGGUCAAUAAAUUUCGAGGGAAAUGAGUAUUUGGUCCCAAAAGGAAAAAUAAUCAAGAUUUUAGGGCUUUUAUUUUUUCUUUUGUAAUUGUGUAAAAAAUUUAAAAAAAAACAUAAAAAGCAGAAUUUUAAUGUGAAGACUUUUUUUUUUUGCUAUAAUCAUUAGUUUUAGAGGCAUUGUUAGCUUAGAGUGUGUGCAAAGACCAUUUCCCACAUCUUUCCUCAAGUAUCUUCUAUUUUUAUCAUGAAUUCCCUUUUAAUCAACUGUAGGUUAUUUAAAAUAAAUUCCUACAACUUAA